CGUCGUCCCCCCACCAUCCCCUCGUCGCCCCCGUUCCCACGUCCCCAUGGCGUCCCCACGCCUUGUCCCCCCGCAGCGCCACGGACGACUUCAACCACGGCGUGGUGCUGAGCGCGCGGGCGCUGCGGGACAACGAGUUGUUCCAGGUGCGCAUCGACAAGAUGGUGGACAAGUGGGCCGGCUCCAUCGAGAUCGGCGUCACCACGCACAGCCCCGCUCACCUCCAGCUGCCCUCCACCAUGACCAACCUGCGCUCCGGCACGUGGAUGAUGACGGGCAACGGGGUGAUGCACAACGGGACCACCGUCCUCGAUGAGUACGGCCACAACCUGGACCGCCUGAAGGCAGGUGACACGGUGGGGGUGGUGCGGCGGGACGAUGGCACCCUGCACUUCUUUGUCAACGGCGCCGCGCAGGGCCCUGCGGCCUGGAACGUGCCCCCAAACGUCUACGCCGUGGUCGACCUCUAUGGGCAGGCAGCUCAGGCCACCAUCGUGGAGGACGGUG